AUGUAUUCAAUACCUGUAGAAAUAUUAUAUCGAAUUUAUAAUGAACUUGAUAUAAAUGAUUUAGAAAAUUGUUCACUUGUUUGUAAACAAUGGAAUAUAUUAAUUAAUGAUAUUUAUUUAUGGUUACCAAAAUGUUAUAAAAAAUUACAAAAAUUUAAUUGGAUUGAUUCAAAUUUAUUAAAUUUAUUAAAAUUAUGUGGAAUAUAUGAUAUAAAUAUAUUUAUUAAAAAACAAACAGUCAAAUCAAAUAAACAAUUACAUUAUAAAUCAGGUUAUUAUAUGAGAAAAUUAUUUUACUACUUACAACUACUAUCAAAUGAUUGUUAUAAUAAUAAUAAUGAUCUAAAUCAUAUUAAUAUACAUCAUAAUGAAAAUAAUAUAGAUUAUUAUAAAUGUGUUAUGAUUGGUCCUGGUAUAGAUUCAUCAAUUAUAAAUCGUUAUAUAAUUAAUCAUAUAUUGAAUUGGUCUAUAUUAGAUCAAUUACCAGAUGAUUUUAUUAUUCCUAAUUCUUAUUUAGGUAUAAAAAGUAAUUUAAUUGGAAAAAAUAUAAUGAUACAAUUACCUAAAUUAAAUAAUUAUUCAUUAAAUACUUUAAUUAAAAUGACUUGUAUUAUUCCACAAAAUGGUGAAUUAUUACAAGAUAAAAAUAGAAUAUCUGGAAAAUAUUUACUUAAUAAUGAAGAAAAUAAUUGUACUAUUGAUAAAAUUAAUUUUUUACCAGAGAUUAGUAUUUUGUUAAAAGAUUGUCAUCUUAUACUAUAUAUACUUGAUAUAAGAAAAUCAAUAGUUAAUGAUUUAAACUGGGAACAAAUUACUAAAGAAAUUAUAAUAAUAUUAAAUGAUUUAAAUAUUUAUCAAAGUUUAUUAAUUAUUGGAGCAGGUAAUGAAAAUGGUAAGGAGGAAUGUAUCACGCUUGUAGAUCUUGUGAGUAAAUUACAAUGUAUUCUAUUUAAGAAUUCUACCUUGGACAAUUUAGGAGAACAGUUGAUAUUAAAGAUCUCUAAUGCUCAAUGGAGAGUAUGGUUAACAACUUCCAAUGGAAUGGAUUAUGAUAAUUUAGCAAAAAUGAUCAACUGGGGUUUGUACAGAAGCAAUGAUAAUAACAACAUCAAAGUUUAAUUAUUUCAACUUCGAAUGAUAAUUUUAAUUAAUAAAUGUUUUUUACAUCGUUCGUUUCCUUAAUUUUAAAAGGAAUAGAUAGAAUGAUGCUCAUUGUAUAAAAGUACAUUUCAACAGAUCCAGUAGUUCAUAGUAUAUGUGCUGAAAAUAACUAUUCGUUACCAUGGCUAUUUUAAAUGACAAUCUUCCUUUAUUCAAAUUCAUUAUUAUUAAUAUUUAUGGAAACUGUUUACUCAUUUGGAUUCAAUCUAUAUUAUCUUUCCAAUACCUUUCUUUUAUGUAAUUAUUCUUUCUGUCUUCUUAUUCACAAUAUUUUUAAAAAUUUAAAACGUAUCAGGCUAGUGUGAUUGAAUUGUAACUAUGGAAAUAAAUAAUCAGAUAACUUUCAUUUCAUUAUUUACUAAUGAUUAAUUGAUUACUCCGCAUACCUUGUAAAUUUAAUCAAAUGGAAUAAAAUAAAUGAAAUUUAUUCAC